AUUCUACAGGCUUAGUGGCCUGCCCCAUCUGCGGCGACAUGGCCAAUGGUUACCACUACGGUAUCUUCACGUGCGAGUCUUGCAAGUCCUUCUUCAAACGCAGCGUGAUGCAGCAGAAGAUCUACAAGUGCAUUAGGGCUACCGAUAAGUGUCGCAUUAAUGUCAAUACGAGGACUAGAUGUCCGUCUUGCAGGUUCGAGAAAUGCAAGCGUAUUGGCAUGAUGACGGAGCUGGUGAGAAUGUCCGGGGAAAGGGGAGGAAGUCAUUCAUUCCCCUCCAAAAUUGGUGGCGUCCGGGGGAAACUUCGGUUCCCGCAUCUGGUUGAAAGAAAGUCAAAAGGAAGCAAAAGCGUUAAGUUGACUUAAUCAAUUUGAGCUAGGGUCCAACUGAAAUCGGAUUUUUUUCUGUCAACGAAACUGCUUGCUUAGUUUCGGCCGAACCGAACCUUCGGCCGAAACUUGCCGAAAAUGAAACUUAUACUUGGUCAAUCAAUACGUAACGUAAAC